UGGCUCAGCUGAGGAAAAGCUUUUUUGGUAACUACAGGGAAUCUGUCUCCCCUCUGGUUUUCUUCCCCUUGGUUAAAGAAGACUAAUCUGAUGAGAAAUCAACUGAGAGCGACCUUUGCUCAUGGCAGCAGGCGUUUUGACCCUCCUCCUUUUAUUUGGAGGAGACAGUUGAAUUUUAAAACUCCGCUUGGCGUAGAAGGACUGUAACUUCCCCUUUGGCUGUUACAUCAGCAAGAGUUCCGUUGCAUUUCUCCAAAGCGGCUUUGUGGUAAGCAGGACAGGACGUUGAGAUCUGGAUCUCGUCUGCAGGAGCCAUUUAGUUUCUGAGUGCAGGGAGCAAGCUCCCGACAGCCAUUCGGGACGGGAGCCUUUUGGAAACUCAGCCUCUGCUUUCAGCUAGAAAGCUGCUUUAUGCAAAUUAGCGGCAUACGUUAUCUGUUUCCAUCAGUUUUGAGGAACUGACAGUUCGAGCAUCCUGUCACAAGGCGAGGCUGAGUUAGGUUAAGUACGGCCAUACUGAGGAAUCGUCAUGUCGGAUACGCUGGUUGUCUGUGACGUGGACUCCGAGCUCCUGGCCCGGCUGAAGAAAUUCCGCUUCCGCAAGGAGACCUCCAACGCUGCCAUCAUCAUUAAAGUUGACAAAGAAAGCCAGAAGAUGGUGUUGGAGGAGGAACAUGAGGACAUUUCACCUGAUUCACUCAGAGUCGAACUACCAGAGAGGCAACCUCGAUUCGUAGUUUACAGCUAUAAGUAUGUGCAUCACGACAAGAGGGUGUCCUACCCAAUGUGCCUGAUCUUCAGCAGCCCGCAGGGUUGUAAUCCCCAACAGCAGGUGAUGUAUGCUGGGAGUAAGAACAGAUUGGUUCAGGCUUCAGAAAUCAGCAAGGUUUUCGAGAUUCGGAGCACCGAGGAGCUCACCGAAAGCUGGUUGUGCGAGAAGCUGGCGUUUUUCCGCUGAGGGCCUGGCUCUCACCCUGGCCGUGCAAACAUCUCACCCGGAGAGUUUGGUUUGUUGCAUCAAAGCCUAUUAGAGCAACACAAGUUUUAUUUUAAUGCUGGAGUUUUAUACUGUUGAAAUAAAUGGGAUUUAUAAGUCA